AUUAUCUCUUUUCUCACGGGAAUUGAAAGCUCAGUUUGAUAUGAAACUAAUUAGUAUAAUUUACAGAUCUCUUAACAAAAGCUAAAUCAAAAAGAGAUGGAUAUCAGUAUUUAGAUACUGAUGAAAUUCAAACAGGCACGGAGGUAAUCGAAAACCAAAUAAAUAAAAGAAAACGCUUUCCAAAUCAGCGUUAUGCAUCCAAAUCUGCAUCUGAAAUAUCAUCUGAUGAAGCAUCUUUAUCCAGUGAAAAUGAUGAUAAGAUAGAUAGAAAUCGAAAUUUUAUUUCAAAGAACAAGUUUCAAUGUCGAAAAAAAAGCAAACCUUUACCUGAACCAGAACCUAUUAAGUUACCGACUAGUAAUGAUAAUAUCCAAAAUAUCGAUAAAGAAAUGAGUUCGCAUUCUUCUGUACUUAAGACAGCGGCAAGAGUAGCAACAACGUCACAACCGCGAGCAAAUACAAGUUUAUCUGAAGGUCAAAUCACGAAAUUUGUUAUUACAUUUGAAGAUAUUAAGUACGACAUAGGCAGCAUAAAGAAAGACAUAAAAUGUAUAAAAAACAAACUGUUCAGUGACAACGUUACAGAAAAAAAGUUACCUGAGGAAACAGAGACUCUUAUACCUGCCUUAUCACUGAGAAAUCUUUCAACUUUCAAUGAACUUCUGAAACAAAAAUUUGUCUUUGCACUUUACGUAAAUCAUUUUCGCCGCCUUGGAGGAACUUCGCAAGCGGAUCGCACACGGAGAAUUCUCAGAAGGAUUGUUCAUAAUGAAUUAGCACAAAAAUUAAACUGGGCAGGAAGAGGAGCCAAAACAAGUCUUCAAUCUUUUGAUGCCGUAUGCCAACUCAUUCUUAGAUCCGCAAGCACUAAUCAAGAAACCUCUUGUGGGUAGGUACGAGAUAGGAGAUCUACCGCUUUAGGAUACUACCCAA